GCGCACUCGUCGCCCCUGCGGCCGCGGCGUCCGGGGCUGGCGUCCCCCGUGGAGGCGGGGGCAGGCGGGCUUGCAGAUGGCCCCUCUUCCAGGGGCAGAGCUGGUGCAGAGGCCGCUGCAGCUCUACCGAUACUUGCUGCGCUGUUGCCGCCAGCUGCCCACCAAGGGCAUCCAGGAGCAUUACAAGCAUGCUGUCAGGCAGAGUUUCCGGGUUCAUGCAGAUGAGGACAACCCUGAGAGAAUCCAACAAAUUAUUAAAAGAGCCAUUGAAGAUGCCGACUGGAUCAUGAACAAAGUAAGCGCUUGGUUCCCAGCUCCACCUGUGAGCUGUGGGGGCGAUAAUGGCUGUGACUGCUAUGGCCACCAGGGGCCGCCCCUGCCCCACAGUUGA